UGUCUUUGCAGUUAGUAGAACAAGUAUUUAGCUGGUUUAACAGUCAGGACCCCAAAAUGUGGAACUGUCAUAUGCAAGAAUAUCCAAGCGGUAUGCUCCCUGAGGCCAUAAUUCCCCCCAGCGAUGAACACAGUUAUGCACAAUGGCUCAAAGAGCAGGAUCCAGAAAACCCUCAUUCGAAAUCUCAAGAUCUGCAGAAUGUGAACUCUCAGUUCUUCACGGAUGAAAGACAGUGCUCCCUCUGCCAGCAACAUGGAGAUGCCAAACCGAAUAAUGCUGGUAGGCUGCUUUAUAUUGGACAGAAUGAAUGGGCUCAUGUGAACUGCUGCAUGUGGUCGGCAGAGGUGAAGGAUGUCAAAGGAGCUUUGCUGCAUGUCCACAGUGCCGUCACCAGGGGCCGCCUCAUGCGUUGUGAGCAUUGUGGCCAAACAGGGGCGACUGUGGGCUGUUGUCUUACCUCGUGUCAGAGUAACUACCACUUCAUGUGUGCUCGUGCCAGCAGCUGCGUCUUCCAGUGUGAUAAGAAAGUGUACUGUUACAAACAUCGGGACCUCAUAAACACUAAGAUUGAACAAGGCAAUGGGUUUGAAGUUCUCAGAAGGGUCUACGUAGAUUUUGAUGGAAUUAGUCUGCGUAGGAAGUUUCUAACAGGCUUGGAGCCAGAGUCUGUAAAUGUGAUGAUUGGGUCUCUACAUGUACAAAAACUUGGUGUUCUGACGGAGCUGUCUGCAAAUUCUGGAAAAUUGUAUCCAGUUGGUUACCAAUGUUCUAGAUGGUAUUGGAGCACCGUUGACCCUCGCAGGAGAUGCCGGUACACUUGUAAAGUGACAGAGGUGCGACCAUCAACACGGUGCAGAGCUCCUAGCUCCAUGGUGGAUCAGGGAGAAAAUCACACAAUUGUACACAGUCCAAAAGCUCACAAUGAUGAAGAGGGCACAGAUAGCGAGUCCUUGUCACCUGAGAUGCCCCCCAGCACCCCCUCCAAGACCAAACAAGACUUAGGGGCUGGAGGCAAGACUCCUGGCUAUCCACACAGCAGGAGACCAACAGGGGGACUGUCCAGACCAUUACCUUCCCCAGGGUCCAUCUCUCAGCUGGAUGGAGCUGACAAUGACUCGGAGAGUGAUACAGGUGAAGCCAAUGCAGCUGAUGAUACUCAGGAAGUAGGAAGAAUUCAGGAAAUAACUUCUUUAGAAGACGCUGAAAACGUAUUUAUUGAUUCUGAAGUAUCGAACGGACAAGUGUCAUUUGCAGAUCAACUACAGGCCACAACCCCUCUCCUUUGCAAAGACAGUGAUCUUGUUACGACCCAAGAAGAAGUCUUGCUCGAAAAUGAAUCAACAGAAUGUUUGCAGGAAAUGUUCUUGGAUGACACCAGUGGGAAUUUCAUAUCUGCUGUUGAUGGAAGAGUUCUGGAUUUGACAAAAAAUGCUGCUUGUCUUGUGGCGGCAACUGAUUCCUCACCAGUAAACAAGGAUGAUGCUGUUUUAAAGAGAGGUCUGUCACCUGUUGAGAAACUGGCGACCGCUGUGCCAAUGAGUAGUACUAAAACAAUUCAUGUUGUUGCACCAGCUGCUCUCACAAAACGACGCUUUGUGACCAUACAACCGGGCUCCAAACCCAAACCCUUCCAUAUGACAAUGCCUGUUGCCAACUCUCUACCACUAUCCUUGCCUGUCAGUGUUGUCUCAUCUUCUCCCACCUUUUCUGUUGCACCACAAGGAACUCAUCUUGCUCCUGCUUCAGUUUUAAUAAAUGGUUUUGGAGCUCUACCUAGGGAAGCCACUAAGGGUCAUAGGAUUGCCAUACGCAUUGCCACCCCAAAACGAGUGUCUGAACAGUCUCUGCCCCAGAGUUCACCUGGUACACCUCUUACACCUCAGGUUCUUCUGGUCAACCGUGCGGGACAGAUUCUAGUGAAAAACCCGCAAACGAAUACAUACCAAUUAACUAACUCUAAUUCUCCCUCGUACACCCAAAUCAGCCAGAUUGCGAAGAUAAUCCACAGCAGUAAUGUUCUCCAGCGACCUGUCCCUAAGGUUACAGUGAUACCAGUGCCGCAGGUUCAGGCUAGUCUCGGCAAAACCACACCAACACGUAUCAUAUCUUACAGCAGCAACAACAGAGCAACACCACCAACCCAGGUGCUAAUCAGGAGGAUUCCUCAGAGUCAUCCUGGAAGCCAAUUACACAGCACCAGUCCGUCAAUAGAAAGAACUGGCUUGAUUUCUGAAAGUGGGCAGAAGGCAGUGGCCCAGGAGAUAAUUGACAAAGCAAUGGCAAGUCACCGUGAAAUAGCCAGUCCCACUGACAUAAGCCCUUCUCCACUCCACCUUGAAAAACGCCUCUCUCCUGAAUCAAAGGAUUCAUUCCCUGGCUUUCAUCUUCAGACUCAACCCAACAUUUUGUCCCACUCCAGACCUCAAGUCAAGGUCAAGAGAGUGUCUUCAGUAACUGAUCGAAUUGGUGUGAAAAGAUGCCGUACUGACUUCUUGGACCAGAUGGGUCCUUGUUCUCAGAGUGACAACAGCAGAUCAAACCGGGUUAGAAUAAAGGCCCCAAGUUUUAAGGAUGUGCUCGACUUUGACGACCCUGAUGUUGGAUCUCUUAACCAGCCAAAGAACGAUGAAAAUAAGAGAAUUACUCCAAAUCAAUCAGAGCCCACUUCAGUGCAGGGAAAUGACACACGGGACAGUGCUAAAUCUCAGUGUACGAGCUACAAACAUGGUGAUUCCUCAGAAUGGGCCCCCUAUGCAGGUUGGAGUUCAGACGAGGACUCUCCAUCAACAGGCAAGCAGGAUAAGUGUGCCAGUCAUUAUCUGCCCCAUCUAUGCUUCCAGAUUACCAGUGAGGAUGGCUUUAGCGUAGAAGCUGACAGCAUGGAUGUGGCGUGGAAGGCAGUAAUGGACGGUGUCCAGGAGGCACGGGUAGGCUGUCGGCUAGAGCAGUUUCCCUUCAACAGGAUAAGUGGUGCCAGGGUUCUGGGUGUCCUCCACGAUGCUGUGCUCUUUCUGCUGGAGCAGCUGCAGGGUGCUUCCCUCUGCCAGAAACACAGUUUUCGUUUCCACCAGCAUGAAGUACCGGAAGAAGAGCUGCCAAUAAACCCCAGUGGCUGUGCCCGUGCAGAGGUCUAUGUGCGAAAAUCUACCUUUGAUAUGUUCAAUUUCCUGGCAUCGCAACAUCGUCAGCUUCCUGAGUCAAGGCCAUGUGAUGAUGAGGAGGAUGACGUUAUGCUAAAAUCCAGCAGACGAGCCACAAGUACAGAGUUGCCAAUGGCUAUGAGGUUCAGACACUUGGAGAAAACCUCUAAAGAGGCUGUGGGAGUUUACAGAUCUGCUAUACAAGGUCGUGGUCUUUUCUGCAAGAGGAACAUUGAGGCUGGAGAGAUGGUGAUCGAGUACGCUGGCAACGUCAUCCGCGCAGUUCUCACUGACAAAAGGGAGAAAUACUAUGACAGCAAGGGCAUCGGCUGCUAUAUGUUUCGCAUUGACGACUUUGAUGUGGUGGAUGCCACCAUGCACGGAAACGCGGCACGAUUUAUAAAUCACUCCUGCGACCCUAACUGUUACUCAAGAGUCAUCAAUGUGGAGGGCCAGAAGCACAUCGUUAUAUUCGCCCUGCGGAAGAUUUACCGUGGAGAAGAGCUUACCUAUGACUACAAGUUCCCCAUUGAAGAUGCAAACAACAAGUUGCACUGUAACUGUGGGGCCCGGCGCUGCCGACGCUUCCUGAACUAAAACUGGCUUGUUUACUCAAUAGUUUAGGAGGGGAUAUUUUGGUAUGGGUGGCUAUUUUUGAAUGAAGACACUCAUUACAGGUGCUUAAUGGUGCGGAGAUGAAGAAAACACAAUAUUGAGAUUGUUUGGCAGGGUGUAUGGCCUUUUUAGACCACCAGCACGUCUUGAUUGGUUACCUCGAGUGAGUUAUAUUUCCUACCCCAACAUUUAACAACCCAGUAACGUCCUGCACUGGAUGAGGCCGUUGGCUUUGAUUCAACAAUUAAAAAUUGUGACCUCAAACGAAUACCCUUUACUUAACUAUUUCACCUGUCCUUGUGCUACUUUGUCCCAGCAUGCCUUUCAAAUCUUGCCACUGGUGGCUGGUAAUGCAGUAGAUCUAUUCUGGAAUGAGCCUUUAGUGUCAGAAUAAAUGUACAGUGGUUUUAA